GCGCGGACAUGGCCGUGCGCGGCCGGCGCGCCUGGCUCAGCGUGCUGCUCGGGCUCGUGCUGGGUUUCGUGCUGGCCUCGCGGCUGGUCCUGCCCCGCGCCUCCGAGCUGAAGCGAGCGGGCCCGCGGCGCCGCGCCAGCCCCGAGGGCUGCCGGCCCGGGCAGGCGGCGGCGGCGGCUUCCCAGGUCGGCGGGGCGCGGAGCGAUGCGCGCGGGGCGCAGCUCUGGCCGCACGGCUCGGCCUCGGAUGGCGGCCCGCGCGACAGGAACUUUCUCUUCGUGGGAGUCAUGACCGCCCAGAAAUACCUGCAGACCCGCGCCGUGGCCGUCUACAGAACGUGGUCCAAGACAAUUCCUGGGAAAGUCGAAUUCUUCUCAAGUGAGGGCUCAGAUACGUCCAUUCCGAUCCCAAUAGUGCCACUGCGGGGCGUGGACGACUCCUACCCCCCCCAGAAGAAGUCUUUCAUGAUGCUCAAGUACAUGCAUGACCACUAUUUGGACAAGUAUGAAUGGUUCAUGAGGGCGGACGACGAUGUGUACAUCAAAGGAGACCGUCUGGAGAAUUUCCUGAGGAGUUUGAACAGCAGCGAACCCCUCUUCCUCGGGCAGACAGGACUGGGCACCACAGAAGAAAUGGGCAAACUGGCCCUGGAACCGGGUGAGAACUUCUGCAUGGGGGGGCCCGGCGUGAUCAUGAGCCGGGAGGUGCUCCGCAGGAUGGUCCCGCACAUCGGCAAGUGUCUCCGCGAGAUGUACACCACCCACGAGGACGUGGAGGUGGGAAGAUGCGUGCGGAGGUUCGCGGGGGUGCAGUGCGUCUGGUCCUACGAGAUGCAGCAGCUUUUUUAUGAGAAUUACGAGCAGAACAAAAAGGGGUACAUCCGCGAUCUCCAUAAUAGUAAGAUUCACCGAGCCAUCACGCUGCACCCCAACAAAAACCCUCCUUACCAGUACAGGCUGCACAGCUACGUGCUCAGCCGCAAGAUCGCCGAGCUCCGGCACCGCACCAUCCAGCUGCACCGCGAGAUCGUGCUCAUGAGCCGGUACAGCAACGCCGAGGUGCACAAGGAGGACCUGCAGCUGGGCGUCCCGCCCUCCUUCGUGCGGUUCCAGCCCCACCAGCGGGAGGAGAUCCUGGAGUGGGAGUUUCUGACGGGCAAGUACCUGUACUCGGCGGCCGACGGCCAGCCCCCGCGGAGGGGCAUGGACUCGGCGCAGAGGGAGGCCCUGGACGACAUUGUCAUGCAGGUCAUGGAGAUGAUCAACGCCAACGCCAAGACCAGAGGGCGCGUCAUCGACUUCAAGGAGAUCCAGUACGGCUACCGCCGGGUGAACCCCAUGUACGGGGCCGAGUACAUCCUGGACCUGCUGCUGCUCUACAAGAAGCACAAGGGCAAGAAGGUGACGGUGCCCGUGCGCAGGCACGCCUACCUGCAGCAGACCUUCAGCAAGACCCAGUUCGUGGAGCACAGGCAGCUGGACGCCAAGGAGCUGGCCAGCAAGAUCGACCAGGAGUCCGGGUCCCUGUCCUUCCUCUCCAACUCCCUGAAGAAGCUGGUCCCCUUCCAGCUCCCCGGGUCGAAGAGCGAGCACAAAGAACCCAAAGAGACGAAGAUCAACAUCUUGAUCCCCUUGUCGGGGCGUUUCGACAUGUUCGUGAGGUUCAUGGGGAACUUCGAGAAGACGUGCCUCAUCCCGAACCAGAACGUCAAGCUGCUCGUGCUGCUGUUCAGCUCCGACUCCAACCCCGACAAGGCCAAGCAGGUGGAGCUCCUGAGGGACUACCGCGCCCGCUACCCGAAGGCCGACAUGCAGGUCCUGCCCGUGUCCGGGGACUUCUCCAGGGCGCUGGCCCUCGAGGUGGGCUCCUCCCAGUUCAGUAACGAGUCGCUGCUCUUCUUCUGCGACGUGGACCUCGUGUUCACGGCCGAGUUCCUGCAGCGGUGCCGCGCGAACACGGUGCCGGGCCAGCAGAUCUACUUCCCCAUCAUCUUCAGCCAGUACGACCCAAAGAUUGUGUACAGCGGGAAAGUUCCCAGUGACAACCAUUUUGCCUUCACCCAGAAAACGGGCUUCUGGAGAAACUAUGGGUUCGGCAUCACGUGUAUUUAUAAGGGCGACCUGGUCCGAGUGGGCGGCUUCGAUGUGUCCAUCCAGGGCUGGGGGCUGGAGGACGUGGAUCUCUUCAACAAGGUCGUGCAGGCCGGUCUGAAGACGUUCCGGAGCCAAGAGGUGGGCGUCGUCCACGUCCAUCACCCCGUCUUCUGCGACCCCAAUCUCGACCCCAAGCAGUACAAAAUGUGCUUGGGGUCCAAAGCCUCGACCUACGGGUCCACGCAGCAGCUGGCCGAGCUCUGGCUGGAGAAGAACGACCCGGGUCACCGGAGGAGCAGCAGCAGCAGCACCAACGGCUCCGUGAGGACGGCCUGACGCCCAGCUCUGCUGAGCGACGUUUUUAAUUCUCUAAUUUAUUUUUCAGAAAUGUUUUGUACGCUCAGUUUUUGAAGUCCCCACAAGGAUAUAUUUUACACGUGACUUUCUUACCGAGGACUCCUUGACAGUCGAGCUUUCUGAACAGAAAUGUGAUCAUGUCGGCCUCUGAACCCCUUUCCUGGCGGGACGUUGUGUAGCGGAUCUGCUUAACCACGACUUGAAGUAUGAUGAACGAAACCUGUCGUUGUCGUUGUCGUUGUUGUUGUCGUCGUCGUCGUUAACGUUUCUUUUCCAGACCCCUUUGCCACCGUCUAGGGCAGAACACACGAGUCCCCGCAAGUGUUAUUGUAACGCAGCACUGUGACUGGUAAGCGUUUUGUCGCGACUGUUAACAUUUCACCGUGUCUACCGUUUGUCUUUUUCACCACGAUUAUUUGAAAGCCAUUGGGUGUUGGAGUUGUAAAAUAAGGAAACGUGAUGACGUGGCAGCGACGUCUUCGGGAGCGCGCCCCACGGCGUGGUCGUGCUCACUGUGGUCACGCCGGGCGCGAGGAAGACACCCUGAGAUGGCGUGGCUGCCCGCUGUUCGUGUGGCCCGAAUGGACCCGGCAUUCAGUUCCAAGAGGAUUUGGUAUUUUCUCUCUUCCUGACCCUUCUCCUCAAAGGAUAAAAUGUUCAUCUUUAGGAUGGCAGAGAAGAAUCCCGAUCGUGAAUCAAAUGGACGCGAGCUGAACCCAGAACCCACCCCGGAGAAAGUGUUGGGGAAAAUGUAUUUGCUUUGGUGCAUUUCAUCCUGUCUGUGUUCCAUCGGUGGAGACGGCCGUUUCAUUCUUUACUUGCCAUUUUGUUUUAGCCUUUGUAUCUGAAAUACCUUUAAUUUAUUUGAUAUUCUCUGUUUAGAUCUCUGCCAUUCCUCACCUACCCGGUAGGCAUUCGUAUCUGUGUGUAUCGGGGUGUUGAGUGGGUUCUAUUUGCAGUAAACUGAUCUCCAAAGAUUUCCCUUGGAAAACAUCCCCCCCCCCUUUCUACAUUCCUUACUGUUUUACUAAAUAUCAAGUGUUCUUUGACAGUUUUGGUGCUCACAUGUUUUAGGAACUCAAGUGAAAUGAAUCGGUCCUUACACCAGAAAGUUUGUUUCAAACUCACGGAUCAAACGUGCCUUAAUAAAUUUUUUGUUUUCAUGGAGACCUUGGACAGUCCUAGAUUGGCCAUUUCCGUGUCCGUCAUUGGAGAUCUGCUUAUUUGUAAAUAGCCUGUCGCUCAUUUGGAAAAAUAAAACAGUGAACAGUA